UUAGCUGCGCAUAGAUAACGCUCGCCCGCCUUUCGCGACACACAAUCUCACACCAGAGGCAGGACAGCGCAGGCGCAGCGACGACGACCAUGGCAGCGUCACUCCAAGCCGCGGCCACCCUAAUGCAGCCGGCCAAGAUCGGCGGCCGGGCCUCCGCCUCGCUGCCGUCCCGCCAGGCCUCCCACGUCGCCAGGGCGUUCGGCGUCGACGCCGGCGCGGGCAGGAUCUCGUGCUCCCUGCAGUCCGACGUCAGGGAGGUCGCCAGCAAGUGCAUCGACGCCGCCAAGCUCGCCGGCUUCGCGCUCGCCACAUCGGCGCUCCUCGUCUCGGGCGCGAGCGCGGAGGGCACGCCCAAGAGGCUGACCUACGACGAGAUCCAGAGCAAGACGUACAUGGAGGUGAAGGGCACGGGCACGGCGAACCAGUGCCCGACCAUCGACGGCGGCGUCGACUCCUUCCCGUUCAAGGCCGGCAAGUACCAGAUGAAGAAGUUCUGCCUGGAGCCGACGUCCUUCACCGUCAAGGCCGAGGGCAUCGCCAAGAACGCCCCGCCCGAGUUCCAGAAGACCAAGCUCAUGACCCGCCUCACCUACACCCUCGACGAGAUCGAGGGCCCGCUCGAGGUCGGCUCCGACGGCACCCUCAAGUUCGAGGAGAAGGACGGCAUCGACUACGCCGCCGUCACCGUGCAGCUUCCAGGAGGCGAGCGCGUGCCGUUCCUCUUCACCGUCAAGCAGCUCGUCGCCACCGGCAAGCCCGAGAGCUUCGGCGGGCCCUUCCUCGUGCCCAGCUACCGUGGCUCCUCCUUCCUCGACCCCAAGGGCCGUGGUGGUUCGACCGGGUACGACAACGCCGUCGCGCUCCCCGCCGGAGGCAGGGGAGACGAGGAGGAGCUCGUGAAGGAGAACAUCAAGAACGCUGCGUCGUCGACGGGCAACAUCACAUUGAGCGUCACCAAGAGCAACCCGGAAACUGGCGAGGUCAUCGGUGUCUUCGAGAGUGUGCAGCCGUCGGACACCGACCUUGGGGCCAAGGCACCUAAGGAUGUGAAGAUCCAGGGGAUCUGGUACGCGCAGCUCGAGUCUAACUAGACGUCCGUCAUGGAUGGGAAAGUGUACUAUGAAAAACUUUUGAGAGCAAAGGAGUACGCAUUCUGUAUCUAUUAAUGCAAAUUCGGGCUGUUGAUUUGUAAUUCUAGUAUGCAUUUCUUCUUUCUUUUGUUCUCAUCAACUCGCAUGUAUUGCUUACUUUCACUACUAGGGAAUGGAGCUCUCGUCCCGAGACUGAUCA